UAGCCUGCAUCCAUAACAGUGUUCCCCUGCCAUGCGAAAUAAAAUAUUUGUAAUAAAUAUUAAAUUCACAAUGCUUUACUGAUAUUUGAUUUUUUUUUAAACAAACAAACUACAGUUAGUUUGGUAUAUCAUCAAAAAUCGGUCAUUAAUCUUAAUAUUGCGUCAUUAAAUUCAAUAAAGAUUAUACCGGAUUUUUUUUGCUACAUGUUCGAAUGAGAUAGAGUUAGAGAGAAUUUCUCUUCUGUAUUACUAUUUGGUACUCUACUCUGAUAGGGUAUUUGACACUUUUCUAAAAACAUUAUAAAUAUACUGUCAAUAUACGAGGUGGUUUGAAAAAUUCUAGGCCCGACUAAAAAAACAAAGAAAAUAAAUCUCGUAUUUCAUAGGAAUUUUCGAUGUGAUUAAUUGUUAAAGUUUAAAUAUCCAAAAUCGCGAACAUUACUUAAGGCACUGAUAAUAAUACGCAACUUAUUUUUAAUAAUCUCAAAUACCGUAAUACAGGGCGUUUUCAUCGUUCAUUAAAUUUCUAAACAUAUUGCAUUUUAUUUACGUUAUUUUUCUAAAGCUAAUCAUAUUUUGUCUGGAGAUUCUAAGAAAUAAACUUAAUUUAAUUAUUAUCUAACAAUUGUACCGCAAAACGUAACUUAUUUUGAAUAGUGUCAAAUACCCUAUUUCUUCUACUCAUUAGAAAGUCCUAUACAUUAUAUCUCCCAGUACCUUGUUCUUAUUGUAAUCUAUUACCUCCAUACUCCUUACUGGUCUGUGAAUGUACAUGUGUGCCACAAAACGUUAAUGUUCUGUGGUCACGUCCACAAAAUGUGACAACGUCAAAGAUUUUGUAUUUAUUUUUUGUCAUAGCUUCGGUCAGUCAAUCCGCUGGUUUUCGCGCUAAUCUUUUGAAAAAAAAAAUAUUUCUAAUAAGAAUAAAUAAAAAAACACAAUGAGUAAUAUUAUUACAAUGAUAGCUCCAGUGAAUAUAGCCGUAAUAAAAUAUUGGGGAAAACGCAAUGAAGAAUUAAUUUUACCGUUAAACGAUUCCGUUAGCGUUACUUUGAACGCGAAUGUUAUGUGUGCUAAAACUACUGUAUGUGUAAGUCCCAAUUUCCUUGAAGACGAAAUUUGGUUAAAUGGUGCAAAAGAAUCUUUUACGAAUCAGCGUCUUCAGAAUUGUUUAAAAGAAAUCAAAUCUAGAGCAGCAGUUGAAAGGAGUGUUGACGAUAUUUUCCUAACGUGGAAAGUUCAUAUUUGUUCAGAAAACAAUUUUCCGACUGCCGCCGGACUAGCGUCAUCAGCGGCCGGUUAUGCUUGUUUAGUAUCUGCGUUAGCUAAAGCUUACAAAAUCAAGUCGGAUGUGAGUUCCAUUGCCAGACUUGGUUCAGGCAGUGCCUGUCGCAGCGUUUAUGGAGGUUUCGUUCGCUGGCACGCAGGUGUAGAAUCUGAUGGAUCAGAUUCUAUUGCUGUUCAAAUUGCAAAUAAAUCCCAUUGGCCAGAAAUGAGUGCAUUGAUCCUUGUAGUGGGAGACACUCAAAAAAAAAUUAGUUCUAGUAAAGGCAUGAAAUUAUCAGUAGAAACCUCAGAUUUAUUUCAAUUUCGAGUCCAGAACUGUGUACCUAAAAGGGUGGAAGAAAUCUGUAAAGCAAUCACAACGAAAGAUUUUGUUAAAUUUGCUGAAAUUACUAUGAAAGAUAGUAAUCAAUUUCAUGCCAUUUGUCUGGAUUCAUACCCUCCCAUCACAUACAUGACUGACACAUCAUAUAAGAUAAUUGAAAUGAUUCAUAAAUACAAUAACAUCCAUCCCAAAAUUAAAAUUGCUUAUACAUUUGAUGCUGGUCCUAACGCUUGUUUGUACCUUCUUGAAGAAGAAGUGCCCAAGAUUUUAUCUUUGAUUCAACAUAUUUUUCCCACAUCAACUCCAGACAAAUUUAUCACUGGUCUACCUAUACAGCAUGAAAAAAUUGACACAGAUUUGAUAAAGAUUUUCAGCCAACCACAUCAAAAAGAUUUGCUCAAAUAUGUUAUACAUACUAAAAUUGGAGAUGGGCCAACUGAAGUGAUUGAUGGUAGUCACUUGUUAAAUGAAUGUGGAUGGCCAACAAACCUACAUUAAUGUAAGAAAAAGACAAGGACAAUUUUUAAGAAUCAAGGAGCCAUAUUAAUUUAAUGUGUAAAAGGUAAUUGUCUAAGGCGGGUGCUAGGUAAUAACAAUUGAAGACCUUGUUUCAAAAGCAGGUAAGUCUAAAUCGAAAAACUGAAGUGGUGAGAAAAAAACUAAAAUAACACAAAUGAAAGGUUCUGUAAGAAAAAAAUUAUGUAAUAAUUUUUAAUAAAAUAUAUAAUUUAUAAUAAAAUAUAAGAAAAUGUAUUUCUUUUUCAUUUAAUAAUAAUGAAAGAAAUUUUUGUAUACAUUUUAGCCAGCAGACUAAUGCUCAAACGCAAUCUCAAUGUCAAUUUUAAUCCAAUCCAGUGACUAAAAUAUUGAAUAGUUUUUUUUUUAUUUAUAAUGGGCUCACUCUUGACCUCAAUCUAAUAACCCCAUAACAUUAAGCCAAUUGACCCUAGUGUACUAAAUCAAAGUACAUAAUUGCUAUGUAAAUUGGACGCGAUCUUGCGUUGGAAAAUAAAUAUAAAUAUUAAACAUCACAUACACGCCUCAGAUUUCAAGAUGAGUUGCUAAAGAACCUGUGUUAUGGAAUAUCUGAGACAACGAAGGUAACACAACGCACAGACCCAAGAAAAGUUUAUUUUCUACAUUGACCGGACCGGGAAUCGAAUCCGGAACCUCAGAAAUAACCUUCCGACGCACGAACCACUCAGCUAUGGAGAUCGUCCUAAAAUCAUGAAACUUAUUUUUAGGCUCCUAUUAAAAAAAAUAGUUUACAACUGCUUAACCUUUAAAGAAGUUUCCCUUUGAGUGGUGAAAUG